UCCUGGAAGCUGAAAACGUCCCAGUUCUUCCAAUGGCCUGCAUACUCAUCAGACAUGUCACCCAUUGAACGUGUCUGGGAUGCUUCGGAUUGAUGUGUACGACAGCGUGUUCCAGUUCUCGCCGAUAUCCAGCAACUUUGCACAGCCAUUGAAGAGGAUUGGGAAAGGAUUCUACAGACCCCAAUCAACAGCCUGAUCAACUCUAAGUGAAGGAGAUGUGUUGUGCUGCAUAAGGCAAAUGAUGGUCACACCAGAUACUGACUGGUUUUCAGAUCCACCUUUUUUUAAAGAUACAGAUGCAUAUCUGUUUUCCCAGUCAUUCAUGUGCAAGCCUUAGAUUAUGACCUAAUUUAUUUAUUUGAAUUAACUGAUUUCCAUAUAUGAACUGUAACUCAGUAAAAUCUUUGAAAUUGUUGCAUGUUGCGUUUAUAUUUUUGUUCAAUGUUGACAUCUUUGUUAGAAAGAAUACUGUAUUUCCCUUGAUGUGGCGAUUCUAAAUGUAAAAUAUGAACUCUUACCCCACUCUCCCCUAUGACAAUGCAAAUUUCACAAGUGAUAGUGACACACACACACACACAGGUUCCACCCACCACACCGAUACAUUUGGUUGCCAGAGAGAACCUCAGGUAUACACUAACCUGUGCUCACCUGAGAUAUCAUUAGCUGUGUGUCGACCCAUCCGUCCAUGUGAAUUGGAUUCUGUGUAUCCAGCCUUGUUUUCUGCAUCUCCACCCCUCCGAGACACGCCGUAGACCUGACCAUCACCAUCACCUCCAGAAGCAGUGAUGGCAGUCCAGCCCCAGCCGAUGCCUGUAGUGAACAUACAGCCAGGCAUUUUUCGGUCCCCUGCUGACAUAAAGACUGAGGUGUGGAGCAGCAGCAUCUGUGACUGUUGUGAUGACAUGAAGAUCUGUUGCUUUGGGUUCUGGUGCCCAUGCUGUCUGAGAUGUCAGACGAGUACAGACUUUGGGGAGUGUUUCUGUCUCCCCCUGUUGGACAUUUCCACCAGCUGGCUCCCAGCUGCUUCUCUGGCCCUCCGGAGCACCAUGAGGGAGAGAUACCGCAUCCAGGGGUCCAUAUGCGACGACUGCCUCUUGGUCACCUGCUGCACCCCCUGUGCCUGGUGCCAGAUGGCCCGAGAGCUGAAGUUACGUCAGCGCCCUCUCCUCCUCGUCAAUGUCCCAUCCCCUGUCCAGAUCAACAUGCAUCCCCCUCAAGCCUUUUCUAACCCCUCUAUGCAUCUACAGCCUAUGCCUGUAGGACUCUACCCCUCCGCGCCACAAUAUAGCCAGCAUAAGCAAGAGACAAAUUAGGGGGUUGUGGAUGAGUGCCAUUCUAGAAUGUGAAACAGGCAGCACAGCCAGCCAACAAUGCAUCACAUAGAUAUCUGUUUGUUUUUUUAUUAUAGGAAAGCAAACACUUUUAGAGAAAUCAUAACAUGAUCAGGAAAUCAUAACACUAUCAGAAUGACAUUGAUUGCAAUGAAUUAAUUAAACAAAUAAACGUCCUUAGUGUUUUAUAUAGCUUGUUUAACAAAAUUAUAGGAAAGCAAACACUUUUAGAGAAAUCAUAACAUGAUCAGGAAAUCAUAACACGAUCAGAAUGACAUUGAUUGCAAUGAAUUAAUUAAAAUAUACACUUCCUUAGUGUUUUAUAUAGCUUGUUAGACGCUAACACUUAAAUUGACACGAUUAACACAACCAUGCAACUACGGUAUCUGAUUCAUGUACCAUAUCAAUUUUGUACUUUAGAGAAUAUUAAUGUAAUUAAUAAAAUAUUUUUACUUUAA